CGAGACUCAAGAUUUAUCAUAAGCGUCUCAGAACUGCUUGUUCCAUCGCUAUGGAAGAGGAUAGCAAUGUUUCCACAACAUUCUGCCCAGGUUCGGUCAAAGAACACGAAGAAGAAUUAUUGACUGGCAGAUCCUACACACAUUACAGUGCGGUCCCCAAGAAUGUGACGACAACUUCAUCAGUCAACAUCAACCCAGGCACCCCGUGUGUUCUUGGUGUAGAUGAGGCUGGGAGGGGACCAGUAAUUGGGCCGAUGAUCUACGGAGUGUUCUAUCUUCCGGCGGAUAUUGAACAAUCGUUGCUCGCCACAACUCAUCACUUUGACGACUCGAAAGUCCUUACUCCGGCAGUGAGAGCGGCUCUGAUGCAAGCAGUGUGCACGCAAGGCACAGAUCUCUUCGAGUCAUGUGGCUGGGCGGUUAAGUCCCUCAGCGCCCCCGAUAUCGGUGCUGGCAUGCUCAAGAAUGGUGGAUCGUAUAACCUCAACGCCCAAGCAAUGGAUGCCACGGUCGAGUUGAUCCGUGGAGUGAUCCAGCAAGGUGUAAAUGUGACAGAGUUAUACGUUGAUACCAUCGGGAGACCCGAGACCUAUCAGAAGAAGUUGCAGCUCAUCUUUCCAACUGUCAAAGUUCGGGUGGAAAAAAAGGCCGACAGCCUUUACCCAUGCGUCAGUGCUGCCAGCGUAGUGGCAAAGGUCACAAGGGACGUCAGCUGCGAAGACCUUCUCGAGGCAUAUGUUCGACAGCAAGAGCUGUCGCCUGAAGACGAGGCUGUAUCCUGGGGGUCUGGCUAUCCGUCUGAUGCCAGGUGUGUCUCAUGGCUCAAGGCUGCCAUUGACCCGAUCUGGGGUUUUGGUAACGAGUGUCGAUUCAGUUGGGGCACGGUAAAAGACAUGCUUGACCAGAAAGGCGGAUCAGUCAAACGCACAGAUUGGCCGGCAGACAGCGAACAAGAUAACAUGAGACUGUCCACUUAUUUUGCACAGGAUGGCGCUUCUGGGCCGAAGAACGAAGGUGACGAACUGCGGACGUGGUUUGGAAGUUCUAUUGGCCAAGAAGCAUUCUAAGAUGAAACGGCGACCAUUUUCCGCCUUGAAACCGACGGACAAACCGCCUUGCACUACACACAAGCAGAAGCAACAUUAUAACUUUGAUUUUGUCCACAGCCCUUUCAACGUACCUUCAAGACCUGGCAGGUUGGCGGGGCCGUCAUAGAUAUCUCGCUCUGCAGCUCUUGUGUUGACAUGAAUUGCGCCGAGAUCAGAAACUUUGGCGGCUCCGAGCAAUCGACAGGCGGUGGCAGUUUCGUCCCGGAGAAUUUCUAAUACUCGUUCUACGCCUUCAACACCGCCGGCUGCCAGGCCGAAAAGAGCAUUGCGACCAAUUCCGACGGCUUUGGCACCAAGUGCCAGUGCCUUGACGACAUCGGUGCCUCGCUUGAUGCCGCCGUCCACCACGACGUCCAAUUUGGUCAAGACCUCUGGACAGUACUUGCGAAUUUCGAGAAGAGUAUGGAUCGAGGGUGGGGCAGUGUCAACAGCUCUCCCGCCGUGGUUGGACAGGAUGAUCCCCUGGACCUGUGGAGUAUGUUGGGCAGCGAUGUAGGCAUCUUCAUGGGUUUGUAAGCCUUUCAGGAUGACGGGUUUGCUAGUGUGUUUCUUCAACCAGGGUAGGGUUUCCUGCCAUGUCAAGGUUGGAUCGGUGCCAAAAAACAAGGAUUGGCCAAUACCACCACCACCUUUCAACUCGGUGCCUCCAGCGUCCUUGACCACCUGGCUCGUGUCUUCAAGGCUGAACUUUCCCUUUUCGUCAUGCUCUCUCUUUCCGGGCACAGGGGCAUCCAGAGUCAAGCAGAUGAACUUGAUGGCAUCCAAUUUGUUAAUUCUCGCGAGCAUAUCUUCCGACUUUUUGCGUUCCGACUGGACGUAUAGUUGCCAACCAAACACCUGAUUGGGGCCUGCGUCCUUGAUGAUUUGUUCAGGAGUCAUACUAGCAUUAUUGGAAAUCAUCUGCAUGGCGCCAAACUUUUUGGCAGCCUGAGCAAUACCCCAUUCUCCAUCUGGGUGUGCCAGCCUGGCCAUGGCAGCUGGAGAGAUAAAAAUGGGAAGUUGGAGGUGAAGGCCAAGGAAGGUUGUGCUAAGAUCACAUUCUUUACAGUCGACAAAGACGCGGGGGCGAAGCAAAAUCUGGCGGUAGACUUGGUUGUUGUGUUGUUUGCUGUAGAGGUCGUCUGCGGCAGAAUAGUAGUAGGCCCAGCCCUUCUUUGACAUCUUCUUUGUCGCCGCGGCUUCGAUCUCGUCCAUAUUCAGCAGAGCAGCGAGAGGUAAUUCGAGCUCGGUGUCAGGUUGGGGACCGACAUCCUUUGCAGCUUUUACUGCCUCUGGAAGGGACUUGGGAUCGAUGGGUCCAAUUCGUGCCGACUCAGGAAGAUUCUCUUCCAACGUGCCAGGAGGAUGGAUCGGAUCGUAAUCUUCGGUAGCAUCUUUGCCUGCGAGCUUGAGGAUAAUGGAGGAGCCGCCAGGAUGUUGGGGAAGAAAGUCUGUCACAUCCCAGACGUUUCCAUAGAGGAUAACCCAGC